CGCGAGGCACAUUACGUCGAGAUUCCGCUGAGUUUGUUUAUCGCAACGUUCUUGUGGCGAGAAGCGUUCCCGUGACUUUCGACCUAAUAGCGUCGAACGUGAUCGCGGUUCUCGAGCGGUGGAUUCGUUCGAAUGAGUCGAAUUCAUCACGGACGGCCAUAAAAUCGACGCGGUGGGUCCUCUUGACAGUUCUGUUCCGUGUUCAGGUAGCAGUAGCCACUCCAAGUGCCGCGAGAAGUGUCGUUAAACCAUCGCCACUCGACCGACGGCUGGUCCUAAUGACGUUGUGCAUGUGAUAGAACGAUACAAAAGGAGCCUCGUCAACACGGGGACGGCGACCCCACACCCGUCGGCACUUUUUUUCUCUUUCUCUCUCUGACCCUUGCUGGAGGACACGCGCAUCGAAAGCGUCCAAGAUAAAAUGGCGGAGGAUGGUGCAGGAGGAUCCGGAAACAGCAGCACCGGGGAGGCGAGCCGGCUGCAGCUAUUGCAAGAAAUGCGACAACAAAAUUUCGAUAGCAUUCGAUUCGCUUCCUACCGUACCGCCUGCAAGCUGAGAUUCAUCCAGAAGAAGGUUCACUUGCAUAACGUCGACAUAUGGAAUGUAAUCGAGGCAUUCCGAGAAAACGGUUUAAACACGUUGGAACCAUCGAGCACGCUGGGAGUGUCGAGGCUCGAAACCUUACUGUCUUCCUUAUUUCACGCCCUUAAUAAACGAGUGCCUGUUUCGCAACAAGCCAAAGUCGAUGCUACAACAGCUCUGCUGAUGAAUUGGCUGCUCGCUGCCUAUACUACUGGGGAAAACAAUAAGAUAUCGGUGUUCUCGGUGAAGGUGGCUCUGGCCACGUUGUGCGCUGGGAAAUUGAUGGACAAGUUUCGAUAUAUAUACUCGCAAAUAUCUGACGGGAACGGGCACAUGAUACAUUGGAGGUUCGCCGAGUAUUUGAAAGAAGUUCUGGCGUUAACGGCUGCGGUUUACGAGUCACCGUCUUUCGGAUACUCCGAGGGCCUCGCCAAUUCAAUAUUCCCUCAAAACUCGAGAGUCACGGUUAACGAUUUUUUGGACACGCUUAUGUCUGAUCCAGGACCGCACUGUUUAAUCUGGCUCCCAUUGUACCACAGAAUGGCUGCUGUUGAGACCGUGGCCCAUCCCGUCAUGUGCGACGCGUGCCACAAAGAGAACUUCACCGGCUUCCGAUACAGAUGUCAGAAAUGCCACUCGUAUCAGCUUUGCCAAGACUGUUUUUGGCGCGGUAAAGUUUCCGGGACACACAAUAACGAUCACGAAACGAGGGAGUACAGUAGUUUUAAAUCGCCGAGCAAACAGAUCGGGCACUCCCUGAGGAAGAGCUUCAGAUGCGUACCUGAGAAAGGGAAGAACAGUUUACCGAGAUUUCCAGAGCAACCUGAGAAGACGUUAGACUUGUCGCACAUAGUCCCCCCAUCACCUCUACCAUCUCACAACGGAUUUCCAGAUCCAGGUUUUAUGGCUCCGUUCGACUCUGGAUCAAUGGACAGCCGUUCUACCUUGAGGAGUAUGGAUAGUUCAAGACUGGAUGAUGAACAUAAAUUAAUAGCACGAUACGCACAAAGGUUGGCUCAGGAAGCUAGGACCAUGCCUCGUGCCUCGUCCAGAAUGUCGCAAGCUGAGCAAGCAGGUAGGGCGCCGUCCGACGCAAAUUUGGCAUCCUUGGAUGCCUCGAGGGCACAACGCGAGCUUAUAUCGCAGUUGGAAGCGAAGAACAAGGAAAUAAUGCGCGAGAUUGCAAGGUUAAGGAGACAACAAGAGAUAGAAGCUGCUGGCUUAGAAAAUCCGGCGUUGAUGUCUGAACUGAGAGCUCUGAGACAGAGAAAAGAUGAGCUAGAGAGUCAUUUGGCAACGUUGCAAGAUUCUAGGAAACAGUUGAUGAUACAACUGGAAGGUUUAAUGAAAAUGUUAAAGAAUCAUCAGGCAUCUCCGAGAUCUACACCAAACAGUUCACCACGGAGUACGAAAUCACCUCCCUUGCCGCCAGGUGCUGUUCCAAGCAGUAGAUCGGCCCCCCCAACUCCGGGCGGUCCUUUGUCUACAACCCCGCAGCAACAGCAGCAACAGACCCAAAAUCAACAACAGAUGUCUCAAAGUUAUCAAAGCUCUGUUCCAACAACGUCAGUGGCAAACGUGCCGACUAACGCUAUGCUUGGAACGAUACAAAAUCCUAUUCCAGAUAACUUGUCGUGUGUCGGAGGUGACGUAAGGUCUGCGUUCAGGACAAACAGCUUGCCAGGAAGUGGUUCCAGCAGCGCGAAUAAUAGCUUGGGCCGAUCUUUGCGAAACGACUUGUUGGUAGCUGCUGACAGUGUUACUAAUGCCAUGUCAACACUCGUGAGGGAACUGAAUUCAGACUCAGACCAGGAGGAUCAUUCUCACAACUCUGGCCGAAUUAACAUCAGAAAGCCGUUAGACUUCGAGGCUGGUGAAGACGGAGACGAUAGUAGCGGCGGUGGAAAUUCUUGGCGGGAAGAACUCCAACGUCGCUAUCAGCAAGAAAAUGAUUUUUUGGCUGAAUUGCGAGCACGUAACGUUAACAUGUCGCAAACACCAUCUGCUACUCCUUCCAGUGAACAAGAACAAGAAAGAGGAGAGAGAGAAGAAGCAGAUGGAGAAAAAGAAGAGGACAACGAAAACAAUUGGACAGAACCAGUGAUGAGAUUGAGACCAGUCAAUCGAUAAGUUCACUUAAGAACGUUCACAUGUAUUUUAUAACAGCUUAGAAACUGAGUUUAGCGAAGUUAGCACCUCCAAAUGCAAAUUUUGAUUUUCAUUUGUCCACCUUUCAGAAAAAAGUUACACCACAAACAAGCCAUUUGAAAUCAACACACCUAUAUCCUUAAUGGAAGUGUAUCUUUUUUCUGAGGGGUGGACAAACGAAAAUACUUGUUGGACAAACGAAAAACAUUAGUGGACAAAAUGUGGAGAGACACAUUUGCUAAGAAAACCCUUAAACAAAGGUCUAUAUAGGUGCGUUGACCUCAAAUGGCUUAUUUGUGGUGAAACUUUUUUCUGAAGGGUGGACAAAUGAAAAUUGUGGUUGGACAAACGUGGACAAAUCGUGGACAAACGAAUGCAAUUUGAUUUUUAUUCAAAUUUUCAUUUGGGGGUGCCAACUUCACGAAGCUUAGAAACUGCUACCAAAUGAAACGCUAAUAAGUUAUCGUAGCUCCAUGGGUUACUUACGAUGGGCAUAUAUCUGGGUGUUAGUGUGAAGUAUAAUCAAUAUGAUAUUAGAUUUUGGACACUAUCUAAAUCAUUUCCAAAGCAGUACUUUCUAUCCAAAAGAAUUGUCGAAUCAGCACACAGAUGUCAUGUAGUAUCUUGAUAUAAAUUUUAACAAGGCUAUGAAAUUAAUAGGAUUAUUUGUAGAUGAACUUGAAACAUUUGUAAAUUGCACAGAUUCAGUUUUCUUUUAAAAUCAUUGUAAUAUUAUUUAUUACAAUUCGAUAGAUACGUUAAGUACUUAAACAGUCUUGGUAUAAUUAUACAAGGAAUAAUAACAUACAAUGUAUAUGGGCCUAAAGACAUGGAAACUGAUUUUUCAAAUCAGAUUAAAGCAAACAAACGUGCAUAAAGAACAAACUUCCCUUGCUUGCAUAAUUAUUAAUUGUUUGUGUGAUUUUGUUAUAAAAAUUUGAAGAUAUUAUUUUGAAACUAGGUGCUCUGUAACAUUUAGUCCACAUUGCGUAGAUGGUAAAAUAAAAGAAAUUUUUGCACAAGUCAAAUCUUUGACCAAACUUUGUACAAGGUGGUAAAAGUAAAUGUAAUUAAAGAACUUUUUUAAAUACAUAAUAAAUAAACUGUUAACGGGGGCUUAGUUACAGGACCUCAAAUUUUUUUGUACAUUCAUACAACUUAGAUACAAUUUUCGAUAUGAACUCUAAAAUUAAAGAUCAUAAACGAUGGGAUUUUAAAAGUAUAUCAUCACAUUAAAUGCUUGACUAUAGUAACAUGAAAUAUAUAAAAUCAUAGGAAUUUUUUUUAACAGAUCAUUCUUUUUUGUAAUGAUAAAAACCUCGGAGCUAGUGAUUCAUAAAUAAGAUUUCCAACAAUAGACUUCUUUAAUGUUACAUGUAAAAUGGUAUGAAUAAGUUCACAUUUAUUAACACUUUCAUUUGUUUGAACAGUAUUAUCAUACGUAUAAUAUUGUAAUCGAAUUACAAGUUCCUACUGACUCAUUAUUAUUUAUAUGUUUAAAGGAAAAUAAUGCUUAUGAUCCAAUGGCUUUGAGGUAUUAUACUAAACAAUUACAGUGAUAAUGUAUAUAAGUAUUACUGUUGAUCUAUCAAACAUAAGAUACUAGCGAUGCUUGGGGAAUGUAUUGCUUAGGCAUUUUGACUACAUUAUUCACUUUUUUUGUUAUAUUCAAUGUCUUUAAAACGCGUUACAGUCGAAUGCCUAAGUUUUACACUAUAUUCCCAACUACAUCGCAAAUUACGACUGUACGAUGCGUAAGGAUAGAAAAACUGGCAUUGUUUUGUGUAUUAUACUUAAAUUUUAGUUCCUAGAUCAAUUAAACGCUAUUCCACUAAACGAUCAUUGCAUAUUGUAAUUAAUAUAGAAGACGCAUUUUGUAAUAUUUACGUAGCGUAUAACAUUCGAAAUGUUCUGUGUAUAUAUUCAUAUGAUUUUCAUAAUCACUUUUGUCUAUACUGACAUUUAUGAGAAUUGUGUAGCAAUUACAUGAUAUGAAUAUUGAAUAAAAAAUGAAAUCAUAA